AUGCGUCGCACCAUCAGGGCGCUGAACAGCUUCCGCGGGUACAAGCGGUCGGAGGAGGACGACGACGAGGUGUUUGUGAGCAGCAGCCCGGGACACAAGACCCCCUCCCCCGGUGGUCCUCUGGGCCGGUCCGACUCCCCGGUGUACACCAACCUCCAGGAGCUGAAGAUCUCCCAGUCCAGCCUGCCGCCGGCGCCCAGUGGCUCCCCGCUGGGCGUGCUGGGAGACUGGGAGACGCACAAGGACCUGAGCGGGCGCCACUUCUACUACCACCGCGGCUCCGGGGAGCGCACCUGGAAGCCCCCCCGGGGCCGCAGCGACACCGCGGGGGGGGGCAGCGGCAGCAGCCGGGGGGGCGACGCCCACGGAUCCACGGAGGCGGAGCCUCUGUCUUCGGAGGACAACUGCCACAGCACCCACUCGAGUCAGUCGGACAGCCAGUACGGCUCGCCCCCUAGAGGCUGGUCGGAGGAACUGGACGAGCACGGACACACCCUCUACGUCUCUGAGUACACACGAGAGAAGUGGAUCAAACAUCUGGACGAGCAGGGCCGGCCGUACUACUACAGCGCGGAUGGAUCCCGGUCUGAGUGGGAGCUGCCCAAGUAUGCCGUCUCCCCCCCCCAGUCGGGUGAGGCCCCCAAGAGCCGCAGCCUGGAGAGGAAGCACCCGCAGAACCCCGACCCCAUCGUGCUCACCAAGUGGAGACACAGCACCUACGUACUGGACCUCAACGACAAGGAGAGUGCGUCGGCCUGCGCGCCCAAACAGAGCCCCCCCGACUCUGACUCCUGCCCCUCCUCUCCCAAGCACCCCUCCACCCCGUCGGAGAAGUGUGGCGUCCUCAACGUGACCAAGAUCACGGAGAACGGGAAGAAAGUCAGGAAGAACUGGACCUCGUCGUGGACGGUACUGCAGGGGUCUUCGCUGCUCUUUGCUAAAGGGCAGGGCGGCAGCACCAGCAGCUGGUCGUACUACCGUAGCGGCCGCAUUCCAGAGCUGCUGCUCACGCUGCUUAGCAACUGGAAGCGCUCGGUUAAGCUCCGCCCCGCUGUCUCCUAUGCCAACUGUGGCAAUGUCCACACCACCACUAAGUUUGGCAGCAACCAGUCCAAACCAGAGUUCACGGUGGACCUCAGGGGCAGCUCUGUGGACUGGGCCAGCCGGGACAAGUCCAGCAAGAAGCACGUCAUCGAGCUGAAGACCCGUCGGGGGACUGAGCUCCUGAUCCAGUCAGAGAUCGACAGCGUCAUCAACGACUGGUACCGGGCCCUCAACGAGACCAUCAGCGCACACGCCUGGGAGUCUGACGAGGCCAUCGAGGAGGACAUGCCAGAGUCUCCAGGGUCCGAGAAGCAGGACAAGGAGAAGGACCACCGGGACUCCAAGAAGAACCGCGCCAUGAAGACGUCCGUCAGCAUGGACGUGUCGGACCAGAAGAAAACCCGCGUGAAGCUGAAGAAGUUCCUGACCCGCCGGCCUACCUACCAGGCGGUCCGCGACAAGGGCUACAUCAAAGACCAGGUGUUCGGCUGCAGUCUGUCCAGCCUGUGUCAGAGGGAGAGUGGCUCGGUGCCCCAGUUCGUCACCAUGUGCAUCGACCACGUGGAGAACACAGGUCUGGACGUGGACGGGCUGUACCGGGUCAGCGGGAACCUGGCCGUCAUCCAGAAGCUGCGAUUCGCCGUCAACCACGACGAAAAGGUGGAGCUUGACGACAUCAAGUGGGAGGACAUCCACGUGACCACGGGGGCCCUGAAGAUGUUCUUCAGAGAGCUGCCCGAGCCGCUCUUCACCUACGGCUCCUUCGACGACUUUGUCGACGCCAUAAAAUGCUCCGACUACAAGCAGCGUGUGAGCUCCAUCACGGAGCUGAUCCGGCAGCUGCCCAAGCCAAACCACGACACCAUGCAGGUCCUGUUCAGACAUCUCAGAAGGGUGAUCGACCACGGCGAGGCCAACCGCAUGACGACCCAGAGCGUGGCCAUCGUGUUCGGGCCCACGCUGCUGCGGCCGGAGACGGAGACGGGCAGCAUGGCCGUCCACAUGGUGUACCAGAACCAGAUCGUGGAGCUCAUCCUGCUGGAGUACGAGGGCGUCUUCGGCCGGUAGAGACCCCCCCCGUCCCGGGCAUGCGGGGGGGGGGGGUCGGUCUCGGAGGUCGGUCUCGGAGCGGACUCCGGGGGGUGCGCUCACACGUGGAUACUGUUACAGGAGGGGGCGGAGCCUGAGAGACUACAGGGGGAGAACGAGACUUUGCACUUAGUUACGCUUUGGAGUGGAGAGCAAGCCACCGCUGUACAGAUGUUACCUGCUUCCCCUCCCGGGGCUCCGCCCUGCUGGCUGCUGAUUGGCAGCCGGACCCAGGUCCCGGCGAAUCGCCGAGCUUCUUUUGUUUUCGCUUGAGGCGGAGGACCGUGACAUCGCCGGUGUUUGCUGUGACUGACGUCAUGGCGAUGCAGGGGGCAUUACGUGUGUGUGUGUGUGUGUGUGUACCCUCAGGCCCAGGGCGGCGUGCUGAACAACGCUGUGUUCUGUGUGUCUCGUGUGUCUCAUGUCGUCACCGCGCGCGGUCCCCGCUGUUGUCUUGCGUCGUCACGGCGACGACCCCGUCUCUGUGGCCCUGUGGUCCGCCAGGGUCAGGAAUACCAGGUGGAGUUCCGGCAGCCAUUUUGUUCCUCUCCAUGGAGAGAAGGUGUGCGUGCACUUGGAAGAACUGGAAUCUUAGUUUGGGGAUGAAUUGUAUUCUUUUUUAAUGAAUCACCUCCGUCGCUUCAACACUGACACACACACACACGCAUGCAUGCACACACUACGCACACUCACACUCAGACACAUACGCACAACAUAUGCACACAAACACACGCACGCACGCACGUGCGCGCACACACACACAAGGCUUAUCAUUUAAUUUGUAGUUUAUCUACAAUGCUAUCCUCACACUUUGGAAUACAUUCAACUACCACACACACACACACACACACACACACUGGCUGCCUAAAUGUCCUUCAGGAUGAAUAAAGUAUUAGUGUAUCUCUCUACACGCACGCUUAUGCUAACAACUGUGUUUACGUUGCCCUGGUUCAUCCCCUGGUUGUGUUGAUGAAGUGUGAGCAUGAAGACGGGAAUAAUUGUGUGUGUUUGUGUGUGUGUGUGUGUGAGAUAAAAUAAAUAACAAGCAGAGAGGAGACCUAUGCCGUUGUCUCUGUCAAUGUAAACGUGUGUGUGUUUGUCUAUCUGUCUGUUUGUGGGUCUGUCUGUGUGUCUGUCUGUGUGUGUGUGUUCGAGGGAAUUUGCAAUGUACAUUGUACAUAAAGAGCAAGUGACGGACGGUGUGUGUGUGUGUGUGUUUGUGUGUUUGUUGGUCCAGUGCUUGGUGGUACGGUUCACUGUGUGUGCGAGGGGCACCUCGCUGGUGGGAUGAAAUACCGUUCAGUGUUUCUGUUCUUCGUUCUGUUUUAAUGAUUUUUUUUUCCCCGCCCUGGCCCCCCCCGCCCCCCCGCCCAUGUUACCAGUCACCCGGGAAACAGUAUCAGGGCGCGUUUCCCGGGGUCCUGUGUGCAAUCUGUCUCGGACUCAGUGGUCAGUGACUCGCGGUAGAAGAGCUGCUUCUCCUGACUCAGCUGAUGGCUUGGGAGAGAAGCGGUACUCGUGGUGGGAUCAUCCCAGUGUGUUCGCUGUGGUGGGAGGCAGUGCAGAAAAAAGAGCCUUUAAAAAAAUAAAGAAAAACCUCAAGAGUAUUCAUGUGUACAUUAAAAGAGAAUCAAUGUUUGCGCUGUGUAUAUGCUUCGAAGGCCAACGGGAGGACUUUGGUUUUUGGAGAUCUGAAAACGUUAACAAUGCGCGUUGACUUUGGGUUAUCCUUCUAACUGUUGUUUCUGUUUUCUGGGAGAGGUCUCCGGAUUCCUCCGCAUGGUUGACUGCACAUUCUGAAUGUAAUUUCCUGGCUAACUGCUGUUUGUGACAUUGCAAUGUCGAAUAAUAAAGCUACCUGAAUGGGUUUGAGUCUCAGCUGAUCUCUGAUGGAAAAACCAAUUUGAUCCUUUGGGGUAUCGUUUGGGGAUAGGUAUUGGAAUUAAGGUGAACUUUUAUUCAGCGUGCUUUAGUAUACAGCGUUAACAACAUAGCUACAGCUUUAUUGACAACUUCUCUCUUGACAAGCAGAGGUAGUAAAGAGCAACAGUGGAAUAUAUUGGUAAAAUUACUGUAUAACAAUACUCCCACUUAAUUUUACAAUGGCAUUAAGACACUUUAAAUUAUAUUACAGGGCUGUGCUCCCUUUCACAAAAUGUCAAGAAAUUAAUAAAUCUUUAAACAACAACAAAAGACUUCCUAUUUUUUCUUGCUUAAUACUUGUCAUUUUCAAUUAAACUGUUCUCAUUUGUCUCUGUAACCUUUUGGUAACAUUCAUUUUCUGGAACUCUUAUUUAAAUGUUUUCAGACUUGCUUUGACCAGGCAGCGUUCGGAGUUCACCUGUCAAGCAUAAACAACCACUUUAUACGUCUACUCUUAGACAGCCCAAAGUCCAAUCCCUCCCCUGAGAUAUUCAAACUUCUGUUUAGUUAGUGGCUUGGUCCAGAUGUCCACUUUCAUGUCAUUUGUUGGACAGUAUUGUAGGUUUAGUGAAAACUCUGAGUUAGUUAACCCUGAGAUGAGGGAAACUCUGGUUUUUCAGUUUCACAAAGCCAGUUCAGCUUUACUCUGAGUCAGUUACCCUGGCAACAUACUCCGUGAACCUAACCUGCUCGCUGGCAGGUUUUCUUCAACUAACCCCGAGUUUCUCCUGCUCUUAAGUUGAAGCCUGCAGACUGAAGGCAGUGGCAGACAUGGCGUGUCCUUUUAUUGAAGAGCCAGUUGAUGUCGAGGCGCAGAUACUUGGAUGUUUUAUCAUUCCCUGAUGAGUAGCUACCUGUUUGAGCGUUUCCGUUUCUCUGCAUCAUCAAUCAUUUAUAUAAACAAUAUUCUCUCAGCCCUCACAUCGCUCACAUGACACAUCGUGGACACGCUCUCAUCUCCGAGCAAAUUCUUUGUAUUGCACUUCGUUUUUUUACUGAAACGGCUACUAUGCAAGUUUUUAGUGUUCCCAAGUCACAGACCCACCAGACUUCUCAAAGAAGAGUUCCACAGAAUUGCAGGUAUCAGUCUAAGCAGUAAUUCAUUUGUCAUAAAGACUUGAAGCACUAAUCAGUCAAUUUGAUAUAUUUUAGGGUUUCCAGGUGUGAUUGGCUGCAUAGAUGGCACUCACAUUCCUAUCAUAGCUCCUUCAAUAAAUGAAGGAGAUUAUGUGAAUAGGAAAUCUGUCCACAGCAUUAAUGUACAGGUUGGCCUAAAUAGUAG